UGUGGACAAUAUUUACAAUUCUGUGCAUGUAACAUAUACAUUUCAAUUCUGUUGAAUGAAAAGCCCUAAAAUUUCAAAUGGUUCCUAUAUUUAUCUUCCUGAAUAAUAAUCUCUUCUAGAAUAUCUGUAAUAUAAUUUUGUAUUGAAUGAAAAUGUCCUCUCAUGGUGUUCUUUCACCAGUUGAUGUAAAUAUUGAUGAAGAUAGAUCUCCCGCCAGCAAAAGGUUCAAGUACAGUAAUGAAACUGAAAAUUUGCCAAACUGGAGUUUGAGUAAUGAAUUGGAACUACAUGAAGUAAUUGAUCAAGGAGUGAAGAAAUUAGAACCAGAAACGGUAGAAACUCAUGAAGAUGAUACUAUAUUUAAAAAGGAUAGACCGGAAUUUAUAGAUGUCUCAUGUCAUUCCAUGAGCCCUCAAACUAAACAAAAACAAAUUGCUCUUCUUGAAUCUACACUUACAAAAGGUACCCUAGAAAGAUUAAAUUUAGGAGAAUGGUCAACUCAAUCAGAACCAUCUAUGAGAACAUCUCCAAAAAUAAAUUAUUUCAAUUCAUUAUCUGAUGAAGUAAUUUUACAAAUAUUGACGUGGAUACCUAAAAAUUAUUUAGCAGACGUUAGUUUAACAUGCAAAAGGUUUAAUAGGCUAGCCCAAGAUGAGAGCUUAUGGACUAGAAUGGAUGUUUCAAAUAGAAAAAUAGGCAAAGGAAGAUUGGGACAACUUCUGAGUAAACAAGUUCUAAUACUGAGGUUAGCAAGAUCAGAGAUUAUUCAUCCUCCUAUUCUACCUACUCAGCCAGUAUAUUUCCCAGAAUUUAAGUGUAGAUUAACCUUCCUAGACUUGAGUAUGGCAGAAAUAUCUAAAGAAAGCCUUAUAGAUCUCUUUAAUAAAUGUCAAAGACUGAAAAAAUUGAGUUUGGAACAUGUAUCUGUUAAUGAUACAGUUUUAGAGGCCUUGGCUGGUAACAGAGAUCUUGAAGUUAUCAAUUUUGCGAUGGCUAUAGGAAUCGCUGUACCAGGAUUACAGUAUUUACUUAGAAAUUGCAGGAAGAUUAGAGAAUUGAAUAUAUCCUGGACCUAUCUCGCUCAGUCUACUAUUAAAUUCCUUUGUGAAAAUUUACCUUCAACUUUAGACAGGCUGAAUCUAUCAGGAUGUAGGAAACUAUUAAAUGAUGCAGAUUUAGCCUCUUUAGUUUGCUGCUGUCCUCGUUUAAGGGAAUUGGACUUAUCUGACUGCACUGCCAUCACAGGGGAAGCUGUAAAACAGAUCACUGCCUUAGAAGAUCUCAAUUUUCUCGCAUUAUCGAGAUGCUAUGCCAUAUGCCAUCGAUCUCUUUUAAUUCUCAAAAAAAUGCAUUCUCUUUCAUACCUAGAUAUUCAUGGUGGUUAUAUUGAUGAAGAAGAAUUGAAUCAUGUUCAACAAGGAUUGGGUGCAAGAGUACAUAUCAAUAAAUUUAAGUUUAGCUCUAUAGCUAGGCCUACUGUUGGAUUGAGAAGAUCGAGUAUUUGGAAUAUUCGCGUGAGAGAAUAAUUAAUGAUUUGUUAAAAUGUGAUUUAGAUGUAAUGAAUAGAGAAAGAGUUAAUAAAGUUUAUAUUUAAAUAAAAAA